AUGCUCGAACGCCUGACUUCCCUCGGGCAGGGCCAGCUCAGUGCCGAGGUCCAGGAGUGGGUGGUGGGCGCCCUGAUGCGGGACCCCUACCAUGCCUCCCACGUCAUCGACGUCGACUACCACAGGCGGUUGUGCAAGGCCUUAUUUGCAGCAGCAGAGCGCUCCGACGACGGUGUGACCGAUGCGCUGGCGGACGAAUUUCAAAAGCGGCAGUGCGCGGUCCAGCAGAGCCGCUCCGGCUGGUGCCAGAAGGUCUGGACAUACGGCGUCACGGGGCCUGCGCUGGGCCACCUCGGCACAACAGCCUCAGACGGGGCGAGCGGCUGCAUCGCCCUUGGCCUGUCUCACGACAUGCUGGCAGGCAGCACGGGGUGCCACGAGUGGGAGGCGGGCUUCUGGCUGGCAGAGUACGUGCUGAGCAACCUGGCCGCCUUUGCAGGGAAGCACUGCGUGGAGCUGGGGUGUGGUGCGGGCGUGGUGGGCGUGGCACUGGCCCGCGUCGGCGCGGCGUCAGUGCUGUGCACCGACGGCUCGCCCGAGGCGGUGGCCAACUGCGACGCCAACCUGCGCCUCAACGGGGUCGGCGCAGGUGACAACGUGCGCACGGCGCUGCUGCGCUGGGAGGACGACCCGGCGGGGGGCCCCACGCCGGACUGCAUCCUCGGCGCCGACCUGCUCUAUGACCCCCGCGCUGUGGCGCCCCUCCUGCACGCAGUGACGUGGCUGCUGCAAAACACAGCAAGCCAUGGAGGAAAGGGCGAACGCCGCGCCCCCGCCGCCGCGCUGAUCGCCACCGUGGAACGCAACCCGGACACCCUGGCGCUGUUCGAGCGGGAGGCGGAGCGCCAUGCUUUCUUACAAGCGAGGCGGGUCGCCGUGCCGAGGGUGCAGGCCGUGUCCUGGCACGAGUUCGAGGCCCUGGAGGCGGCGCGGCCGCGCCUGUUGCUCCACGAGCUGGCGCUGAGGGCCCCGGGGGGCCAGAGUUGA